AUGGAAGUCCUUAUCCCGGAGAGGUUUACCGACCAAGCUUCUGAGUGUACCCAUAUUGUUUAUCAAGGUCAGUUUCGAACCAAGAAAAGGCACAUGGUGAACGACCUGUUGUUCUACAUAUUUGAAAAAGAAGAAGAAACCUGUUCAGAGCAGGUGGGGCUUCCUACCAACUACGAACAGUCAUCGAGCUCCUCUAUCAUCAAUGGUCAGACAAAAGAAUGCUAUAUCGGUGAUGACAAAAAGUCAACAGAACCCGCUAUCAACGAUAAGGAGGACGAUGAAGAAACAGAAUGGACUAUCACAAGCUCUGACAGUCGAAUGGGGAAUACUGCACCAACUGAGAUGCACCCGAUGACAUAUGUUGACUGUAACGAUAUCAACGUCAGUGCCAUGUUGUGUCCUGACCAUCAGUUCAAGUUAUCUUCCUCCACAAGACUCAAUACUACUCCUGCCACCACCACCACUACUACUACUACUCCUGCCACCACUACUACUACUACUACUACUACCACUACUACUACUACCACCACCACUACUACUACUACUACUACUACUACUACUCCUGCAACCACCACUACUACUACUACCGCCACUACUACUACUACCACCACUACUACCCCUGACACCACCACUACUACUACUACUACCACUACUACUCCUGCCACCACCACUACUACUACU